GUACGCAGCUGUGUAACAUGCCUGCCGGAGUAACUUGGGGCCAGUACAUAGCCUUCUCAACUGCAGCUAUGCUAUCCAUGUUAGCUGGCUCUCAAACAGUGCAUCAAUAUUACCGACCUUUGCAAGAUCUCAGUGAUUACAUAAACAAAGAGCUGAAGAACCUACCAGAAAAUGUGCAAGUUAAAAUUAAACAAGAAUUACAGGAGGAAGGUGUGUUAAACAAAAGUUAGAAGUUUGAAAAUAAGAAUGUAUUAAAUGUGUAAAUAAAAAUAAUCAGUGUCUAAAAUAAAAUAAAAUGGGGAUAUUAAAAUAC